AUGUCGUGGAUGAUGCGCGCUCGAACGUCCCAGGAGCAGGUUAGUCUCCUGACGCGGACACUUAAAACCACCACCCGGGCGCCCCAUUCCUCUUCAAAUCAUCUCAACUCCUCUACUUCGAAGUCAUCGCGACCUUCGCUGGACAAAAUGGCUCGCUUUACUGCUCAACAGAGUCGCCCGGUGCACGCCACCCCAUUCAUGAACCACUCAACCACUCCCUCAGAUGCGAACUACGAUACCGCCAACCCUGCCUACAUUCGCAAAUACCUCAAGACCUACGGCCUCACUCCUCCUCGCGCCGAGAGCUACGAGACCCAGAAGGCUCGCUGUCUGACACAAUUGGGCCUCAAGAACACACCAAUUGACAAGUUCCAAUAUCUAAGCACACUGCGCAAGAACAAUGUGCACCUUUUCUACCGUCUGGUCACCGAUCACUUGAGGGAAAUGACCCCUCUCAUCUACACUCCUACCGUGGGGGAGGCCUGCCAGCGUUGGUCCGAGAUCUACCAGCAGCCAGAGGGUAUGUACCUUAGCUGGGAAGAUCGUGGCAAUCUUGCUGCAGUGAUCGCCAAUUGGCCUCAACCUAAUGUGGAAAUCACAUGCAUUACUGAUGGCUCCCGUAUCCUCGGAUUGGGAGAUCUGGGAAUCAACGGAAUGGGCAUUCCCAUCGGGAAGCUGGCUCUGUACACUGCAUACUCCCGGGAAGACCCGUUGUACAUGGGCAGCCGCCGCGACAAGGUUAGCCCCGAAGAAGAGCGGGAGUUCUUGGAUGAGAUGAUGGCUGCUCUCACCGAGCGCUGGCCCGGUAUUGUGAUUCAAUUCGAGGACUUCAAGAAUCCUUUUCCCGCACUGGAGCGUUACCGCAACGUCUACACCAGCUUCAACGAUGACAUCCAGGGUACUGGUGCUGUCAUCCUUGGUGGCGUCAUCAAUGCCGUCAAGCGGUCCGGUCUUCCCUGCAAGGAACACCGUGCUGUCUUCUUCGGCGCCGGCAGUGCUGGUGUCGGUGUUGCCAAGCAGAUUGUCGACUUCUUCGUUCGUGAGGGCAUGACUGAGGAUGAGGCCCGCGCUUGCUUCUACCUGGUCGACACCAAGGGUCUUGUCACUGCUGACCGUGGCGAUAAGCUCGCGGACCACAAGGUCUACUUCGCCCGCCAGGACAACGAGGGCCAGCAGUGGAAGACCCUCGAGGAGGUGGUCGACUAUGUCAAGCCGACCAUCCUGAUGGGCCUCUCUACCAUGGGCGGUGUCUUCACCCCCGAGAUCCUUCGCAAGAUGGCUGACUGGAACACUGCCCCCAUCAUCUUCCCUCUGUCCAACCCCUCGUCCAAGUCCGAGUGCGAUUUCGAGACUGCCGUUGUGAAUACCGAUGGUCGCUGCCUCUUCGCCUCCGGGUCUCCUUUCCCCAACCACACCUUCACCAACUCCAAGGGUGAGACCAAGACCUACUAUCCCGGCCAGGGUAACAACAUGUAUGUGUUCCCUGGUAUCGGUCUGGGCAGCAUCCUGUCCAAGGCUGUCCGCAUCACCGACAGCAUGAUCUACGCCUCGGGCGAGGCCCUUUCCAAGGCCCUCACCGGCGAGGAGCUCGAGCGGGGCCUGCUCUACCCCGACAUCACCCGGAUUCGCGAGGUCAGCGUUGUCGUCACCCGCAACGUCAUCCGCGCUGCUCAGGCCGACGAGGUGGACCGCGAGACUGGUCUCCGCAACAUGAGCGACGCUGAUCUGGACAGCUGGAUCAAGUCUCGUAUGUACGACCCUCAUACCGAGGUGCGUGCUCUGGAGCGCGAAGUCGGCCAUCUGCUCUCCAGUCUGGGCAGCAUGUCUCCUUACGGGAUCGGUGCUAUUACGCCUCCGGAGGAUGAUAAUGGAAAGGAUGCGAAGCUGUAA